GUAGGAAAAAUCGGCUGCCUUGCACAUAACGCGGCUCAUUCUUGCAGGAAUAGUACAGAGCGUCUACAACAGCGCAAGAAACCUGUGCGUUAUGCGCUGAGUGCGCGUAUGAUUUAGAUCUAUUAAUGUCUGCCAACCUUUUUUCGUGUUUGUCUUGCUGAGCACUACGUGGCAUCCGGCUAUCGAUCUUAACUGUGUGAAGAAAAUAGCAUUUUCACGUCGAUAUGGCUGACACUGUCGCUAUUUGGGAAGUUCCAUUUAGUGACAAGAUACACAAGAUCGAAUUCGAACACGGAACGACCACCGGAAAAAGAGUGAUCAGAGUUGAUGGAAAGGAAGUCGUGCGACGCGACUGGAUGUUCAAGCUUGUUGGCUCGGAGCCCUUUGAAGUGGGCCGGGCAAAGUGCAUGGUGGUGAUCAAAGCGUUGAGUGGCUUCACUUACCAGUAUUCGCUCAUCGUAGACGGCAAGCAACUCGACAAAUUCAGAGAGAGGCAGUCGAAAAUACUCAACACGUGGAUUGUAAACCUCCUUGAGCAACCGACGAGGGUGGUUCUAGAGAAGGACACACUGGACGUAUAUGUGAAUGGAGAAAAGGUCGAUGUUGUGCCAGAAUUUGUGGACGGAGGGACAGAGACCCAUUUCCAAGUGGGGCCCUACCAGGCUUACAUCACCGCAGCGAGCAGUGGAAGCAAAAAAGAAGGGAUUCUGCACACGCUGAUUGUUGAAGGACACGAGAUUCCAAGCUGUACCGAGUGAACCGUGCCAGGAAGUUUGACAAAGCAUAGGUCAUGCGAGAGGGUCUCCGGCACCACCCGGUCAUGUGAGGUCGACCACGUGUGUCCUGUAACUGCCCCUCAUUUGUUAUUGUUGGCUAGCACUGUUUGAAUGCCACGGCAACAGGCAAAUGCACAGGAACGCCGUCCAGUUUUGUUACUGUUCACAAGAACAGGCGUCUUGCGCUACAUACGCCAUCAAAGUAGGCAUUCAACUGUAACAAGUACAAAGCACAUUUAGGAAGCUGCUGAUGUUACAAGUAGUGUUACUGCUUUAUUGUGACGAAACUGGCAACAAGGGCUAUGAGUAAUGAUAGGUUUCCUGUGAAUACUGCUAUGCAAGCAUUGAGAUAAAAUAAGAACAAAGACGAAUAAUUAGUAGUAGUAAACUUGGAAACUGAACUGAACAAACAUGUAGCAUUACUGCUAUAUCAGUCACAUACGAUAUACAUGGCAUUUCAGAAUGAUACAACAUAAAAUGUAGCUCUUACACUUUCAUUUAAUUGCUGUACAGAAGAUAAGUAUUAUUAGCUUUCUUUUUCUUUUAUGCUGUACGGUUCACUUCUUUGCGAAACAUGUGUUGCUGCAAAAGUGUUUUUUUUUUUUUCAAUUGUUGAUUCAACUGAAGAAUUACAAAACAUAUGUUAAUCAAAACUUGAAAUUCAGCGAGAUGGUGAAGAGCUAAUGGGAAAUUUUUUUAGCGCAAAAACAACACAUUCACAAGAACGAGCCAGUCCGGUCUCUCUCGUUCCUGUGAAUGUCUUGUUCUUGCGCUCAAAAAUUUCCCAUUAGGUACGUCAUUCAAGACAUCAAAUCUGCAAACAGAGACAUCUGCAUGAAAAAAUGCUGCACUGGUUAUGAACUGUACAAGUAGCACAUUCUAAUAAAGAAGGAUGUACUAUGUGGGGCAUCUCUGUUACGCAACAAUAAUUGUCAUCUUGCUCGCUUGCGUUGCCUCUCUUGAAAACUGUGUGCUCCUUACUUUCCUAUCAAGAAUGCUGUCACGCCCCUAGUAUAUGCACCACUCAUGAGUUUAAAGUACCGCUCUUGUCUGUAAAGUAAGGACCUUGUCUUUUAGAGUGCAACGUAAUAAACUCAAGUAACUGGUUGACAGUUGGUCAAGUCAGCAUGGAUUCACACAGGACAUAAAGACAAACUAACAAAGUUUGUGUUCUUGCCCAUUUUUGUCCCGUCUCACAUGUCGCGUCUUGUCAGUUAAUUUAUUUCUACGAAUUGUGCAAAAGAUGCAACGUAAAGAAAAAAAAUUGUGCAGAUCCGAUGCACCGUGAGAAUCGAUGUUAUGCAAAGCUCACUUCUGCAGUGGCAGUGUCACAGCGGCAUGCAUAGCGAUUUUACAGCACCAAAAGAAAUGCUUUUGUUCCCAUCUCAUAAGAAUAUGUUUUCGGAUCCUCUGCAAUUUUUUUUAAUGGCCUGAAUUGAGGAGCGAUGCGAGUGUGCCUACCUACUGUAUUUGCACGAUUCUAACGCACCCAUGAUUGUAACGCACAGGUAAUUUUACAUGAGGAAAACUGGGGGGAAAAACAACUAAAAAAGCUUCAUGCCGUUUUCGCUUUUGAGCCCAAAUUGUAACCAGUGUAGCGAGCACACAAGAUUGAGGGCUAAAUUUAGCGAAAAACAAUGUGUGCGUUAGAAUUGUGCAAUUACGCCAUUCACUUCAAAUUGCAUAAAAUGAGGCAAGGAGUGCUUCACAAUAAGAAAGGUAACAAGUGCUUGUUUGUUCUACUGUUAUUAUUUUGUUAAAGUCCCAUCUGUUGUAGAAAUUACCCCAUAAUUGACAACAGGCCUUAUUCUAAUGGUGUCACAUUUUAACAUAAAAAUAAUGAUACUAUUAUAACAUUUAUUAUAUACAUUGUUUGUUAUGUGCAAUAUUAUGUGUUACCAGCAAUGAAAAUGUUGUAUCUAUUUUCCAGGUUCAUAAAAUUUAGGUUGUAAUAUAUAGU